UGGCCCUGGGACCAGCUCCGCUCCUGCGCCCGCUCCACCCGGACACAAGGCUUACUCACGCCCUCCUCCCGGCAGCCAGCUUACCAGCCUCUUGCCAGCCACAGCUGCUGCCCCGUCAUUGCCCACUGCCUCUGUCCCAGACAGAGGGGCGCCCAGACACCCACCCACCCCGGGGCUCUUCUGUCAGAAAGGUGGCGGCCCCCUGUAUUCCUCCAUCCAACCAUGAACUGGUGCCCAUCAACCCUGAGAAUGCUCCGAAGAAUGUAGCCAACACGGGAGAAGGAGCUUUCCGGGGUGGAAACACACGGAAAAGCCUUGAGGAAGACGGCUCCAGCAGAGUCACCCCGAGUGUCCAGCCCCAACUUCAGCCUGUCAGAAACAUGAGUGUGAGCCGGACCAUGGAGGACAGCUGUGAGCUGGACCUGGUGUAUGUCACGGAGAGGAUCAUCGCCGUUUCCUUCCCUAGCACAGCCAACGAGGAGAACUUUCGGAGCAACCUCCGGGAGGUGGCCCAGAUGCUCAAGUCCAAACAUGGAGGCAGCUACCUGCUUUUCAAUCUCUCUGAGCGGAGGCCUGACAUCACGAAGCUCCACGCCAAGGUACUGGAAUUUGGCUGGCCUGACCUUCACACCCCAGCCCUGGAGAAGAUCUGCAGCGUCUGCAAGGCCAUGGACACUUGGCUCAACGCAGAGCCUCACAAUGUCGUCGUUCUACACAAUAAGGGAAACCGAGGCAGGAUAGGCGUUGUCAUCGCCGCUUACAUGCAUUACAGCAACAUUUCUGCCAGCGCCGACCAGGCCCUGGACCGGUUUGCAAUGAAGCGAUUCUAUGAAGAUAAGAUUGUGCCCAUUGGUCAGCCAUCUCAGAGAAGGUACGUGCACUACUUCAGUGGCCUGCUCUCUGGCUCCAUCAAAAUGAACAACAAGCCCUUGUUUCUGCACCACGUGAUCAUGCACGGCAUCCCCAACUUCGAGUCUAAAGGAGGGUGUCGACCGUUUCUCCGGAUCUACCAGGCCAUGCAGCCUGUCUACACGUCUGGCAUCUACAACGUCCAAGGAGACAGCCAGACCAGCAUCUGCAUCACCAUUGAACCUGGCCUGCUCUUGAAGGGAGACAUCUUGCUAAAGUGCUACCACAAGAAGUUUCGGAGCCCAGCCCGAGAUGUCAUCUUCCGGGUGCAGUUCCACACCUGUGCCAUCCAUGACCUGGGGGUUGUUUUUGGGAAGGAAGACCUUGAUGACGCCUUCAAAGAUGAUCGAUUUCCAGAAUAUGGCAAAGUGGAAUUUGUAUUUUCUUAUGGACCUGAGAAAAUUCAAGGCAUGGAACACCUGGAGAACGGGCCGAGCGUGUCCGUGGACUAUAACACCUCCGACCCGCUCAUCCGCUGGGAUUCCUAUGACAACUUCAAUGGGCAUCGAGAGGACGGCAUGGAGGAGGUGGUGGGACACACUCAGGGCCCUCUGGACGGGAGCCUGUACGCCAAGGUGAAGAAGAAGGACUCCUUGCACGGCAGCACCGGGGCUGUCAAUGCCACGCGUCCUGUCCUGUCGGCCACCCCCAACCACGUAGAGCACACCCUUUCUGUGAGCAGUGAUUCUGGCAACUCCACAGCCUCCACCAAGACAGACAGGACCGAUGAGCCUGCCCCUGGCCCCUCCAGUGCCCCUGCUGCCCUGAGUCCUGAGGAGAAGCGGGAGCUGGACCGUCUGCUCAGUGGUUUCGGCGUAGAGAGAGAGAAGCAAGGCGCCAUGUACCAUCCCCAGCAUCUCCGGACCCGCCCAGCAGGGGGCCCUACUGUGUCCUCCCCUGGCCGCCAUGUCGUUCCCGCCCAGGUUCACGUCAACGGUGGGGCCUUGGCAUCUGAGCGGGAGACAGACAUCCUGGAUGAUGAGCUGCCCAACCAGGAUGGGCACAGUGUGGGCAGCAUGGGCACACUGUCCUCCCUGGAUGGGGUCACCAACACCAGUGAGGGGGGCUACCCAGAGGCCCUGUCCUCACUGACCAAUGGCCUGGACAAGCCCUAUCCCGUGGAGCCUAUGGUCAACGGUGGGGGCUACACCUAUGAGUCUGCCAGCCGGGCGCUGCCUACCCAUGCUGGCCACAUGGCCCCCUUGCGGCCCUCCUACUCGGCACAGGAGGGUUUAGCCAGCUACCAGCGGGAGGGGCCCCACCCAGCCUGGCCGCAGCCAAUGACCACCUCCCACUAUGGCCUUGACCCCAGCGGUAUGUUCCGCUCUCAGUCCUUUCCAGAAACCGAGCCUCAGUUGCCCCAGGCUCCGGCCCGCGGGGGCAGCAGCCGGGAGGCUGUGCAGAGGGGCCUGAAUUCCUGGCAGCAGCAGCAGCAGCAGCAGCAGCAGCCCCGCCCACCUCCUCGCCAGCAGGAGAGAGCCCACUUAGAGAGUCUCGGGCCCAGCAGACCCAGCCCCCAGCCACUGGCGGAGACCCCCAUCCCCGGCCUCCCUGAAUUCCCAAGGGCAGCCUCCCAGCAGGAGAUAGAGCAGUCCAUCGAAACACUCAACAUGCUGAUGCUGGAUUUGGAGCCGGCCACGGCUGCUGCUCCCCUGCACAAGUCCCAGAGUGUCCCAGGGGCCUGGCCAGGGGCUUCCCCACUGUCCUCCCAGCCUCCCUCCUGCCAGCCCCAUCCACUGACCCAGUCCAGAUCUGGCUACAUCCCCAGUGGGCAUUCCUUGGGAACCCCUGAGCUGGCCCCACGGGCCUCCCUGGAGUCCUUCCCUCCUGGCAGGGCUUACUCACCUUAUGAUUAUCAGCCAUGUCCGGGUGGGCCCAACCAGAGUUUCCGUCCAAAGAGCCCAGCCUCCUCCUCCUCCUCGUCUGCCUUCCUUCCGACUAGCCAUAGCCCUCCAGGGCCUCAGCAGCCCCCAGCCUCUCUCCCUGGCCUCACUGUUCAGCCUCAGCUCCCACCAAAGGAGGCGACUUCAGACCCCUCCCGCACUCCAGAGGAGGAGCCGCUGAACCUGGAGGGGCUGGUGGCCCACCGGGUAGCAGCAUACAACGCCAAGCUGCAGGGCCUCGGGCACACCAGCUUCCAGCUGCCUCCUCUCCACCGGCUCCGAUCUUCCUCCACCUCUGGUGGUCCCCCGGAUGCCCUGGUUUUCGAAGCCCCAGGCCUGCUGUCGGACACCCAGCCCCGUCACCUGGAGCUGAGGAGCCCAGUCUUUUGGAAAUCGGAAGGCUGGAAAGAAGAGCUGGGGGUGCAGGCUCGGGAGAAGCAGCCUGCAGAGCGCCCAGCCCCUCUCCGGAGGCGGGCGGCCAGCGACGGACAGUAUGAGGACCAGUCUCCAGAGCCUGCGUCUCCCCGUAGCCCUGGGGUCCGUUCCCCGGUCCAGUGUGUCUCCCCCGAGCUGGCUCUCACCAUUGCCCUCAAUCCUGGAGGGCGGCCCAAAGAGCCCCACCUGCACAGCUACAAGGAGGCCUUUGAGGAGAUGGAGGGAGCUUCCCCCACCAGCCCUCAACAGAGUGGGGUGCGCUCCCCUCCAGGUCUGGCCAAGACACCCCUGUCUGCUCUUGGCCUGAAACCCCACAACCCCGCGGACAUCCUGCUGCACCCUACUGGUGUCCCCAGAAGACUGAUCCAGCCAGAGGAGGAUGAGGGGAAGGUGGUGACAGAGCUUCCCAAAGAGCCCCGGAGCUACGUGGAGUCGGUGGUGCGGACGGCAGUGGCUGGGCCCCGAACUCAGGACCCCGAGCCCAAGAGCUUUAGCGCCCCAGCUGUCCAGGCCUAUAGCCAUGAGAUGCCCCUGAGGAACGGGACCCUGGGAGGCUCCUUUGUGUCCCCCAGCCCCCUCUCCACCAGCAGCCCUAUCCUCAGUGCUGGCAGCACUUCAGUGGGGAGUUUCCCAUCCGGGGAAAGCAGCGACCAGGGCCCCCGGACACCUACCCAGCCUUUGCUGGAUUCAGGCUUCCGCUCGGGCAGCCUGGGACAGCCUAGCCCUUCGGCUCAGAGAAGCUACCAGAGCUCUUCUCCUCUCCCGACCGUGGGCAGCAGCUACAGCAGCCCUGACUACUCACUACAGCAGUUCGGCUCCCCAGACAGCCAGGCGCGGCCUCAGUUCACUGUGGCCGGCGUCCACACGGUGCCUGGGAGCCCUCAGGCGCGCCACAGGACAGUGGGCACCAAUACUCCUCCCAGUCCUGGCUUCGGCCGCCGGGCCAUCAACCCCAGCAUGGCUGCUCCCAGUAGCCCCAGUUUGAGCCACCGCCAGGUGAUGGGUCCAGUGGGAACUGGUUACCAUGGUAGUGCAGUCUCCAGCCCCCAGAGCAGUGCAGCGACCACCCCGGGAAGCCCCAGCCUGGGCCGGCACCCUGGGGCACACCAGGUUCCAGGCCUCCACGGCAGUGUGGCCACCACCCCGGGAAGCCCCAGCCUGGGCCGGCACCCGGGAGGACCCGGAUCCAUGAUUCCCGGCAGCCCCAGCUUGGACCGGCACGCGGCCUACGGGGGCCAUUCCACCCCUGAGGACCGGAGACCCACGCUGUCCCGGCAGAGCAGUGCCUCCGGCUACCAGGCUCCCUCGACGCCCUCCUUCCCUGUGUCCCCUGCCUACUACCCGGGCCUCAGCAGCCCUGUCACCUCCCCGUCACCGGAUUCUGCAGCCUUCCGGCAAGGGAGCCCGACGCCAGCCCUGCCCGAGAAGCGGAGGAUGUCCGUGGGAGACCGGGCGGGCAGCCUCCCCAACUAUGCCACCGUCAACGGGAAGGUGUCCUCCUCACCUGUGGCCAGCGGCAUGUCCAGUCCCAGUGGGGGCAGCACCGUCUCCUUCUCCCACACGCUGCCUGACUUCUCCAAGUACUCCAUGCCAGACAACAGCCCUGAGACCCGGGCUAAAGUGAAGUUCGUCCAGGACACUUCUAAGUAUUGGUACAAACCGGAGAUCUCCAGAGAGCAGGCCAUCGCCCUCCUUAAGGACCAGGAGCCAGGGGCCUUCAUCAUCCGAGACAGCCACUCCUUCCGAGGGGCCUACGGGCUGGCCAUGAAGGUGUCCUCACCUCCUCCGACCAUCGUGCAGCAGAAUAAAAAAGGGGACAUGACCCACGAGCUGGUAAGACAUUUCCUGAUAGAGACUGGCCCCAGAGGAGUCAAGCUCAAGGGCUGCCCCAACGAGCCAAACUUCGGGUCUCUCUCUGCCCUGGUCUACCAGCAUUCCAUCAUCCCCCUUGCUCUGCCCUGCAAGCUGGUCAUUCCAAACCGAGACCCCACAGAUGAAUCGAAAGAUAGCUCGGGCCCUGCCAACUCAACCGCUGACCUGCUGAAGCAAGGGGCAGCUUGCAAUGUGCUCUUCGUCAACUCUGUGGACAUGGAGUCACUCACUGGGCCACAAGCCAUCUCCAAAGCCGCUUCUGAGACUCUGGCUGCUGACCCCACACCGGCUGCCACCAUCGUUCACUUCAAAGUUUCUGCCCAGGGAAUCACACUGACUGACAACCAGAGAAAGCUCUUCUUCAGACGACACUACCCCCUCAACACCGUCACCUUCUGUGACCUGGAUCCACAGGAGAGAAAGUGGACGAAGACAGAAGGAGGUGCCCCUGCUAAGCUCUUCGGCUUCGUGGCCCGGAAGCAGGGCAGCACCACCGACAAUGCCUGCCACCUCUUUGCUGAGCUUGACCCCAACCAGCCCGCCUCCGCCAUCGUCAACUUUGUCUCCAAGGUCAUGCUGAGUGCGGGCCAGAAGAGAUGAGUGCCAGCCCUUGCCCGGGGCCUUGGCAGUGGGGACGGGGCAUGUGGGGAGGGGACUCAUGAAUCCUGACCACCCUUGAAUCCAGAAGGAAGACUUUGGGCCAAUUUUCGAGAAGGAGAGAAGAAAGUGCAACAUGGGGAGGGGGAAGUGAAUUGCAGAGGGGAAAGGGGGUGAGAGAAAGAGAGCUGGAGAAAGAAAAAGAUGGAGGAGAAUAACUUGGAUUCCCCUGGGUGGAUGGAUACCAUGGAGCCCCCAAAGCCUCAAUGCUAACCAGGUCCCUCUCCCCCCCUCCCCCUUCCAAGAGGCCGGGGCUCCUCAGAAGAGACAGACCAACUCCUUGGGGAUCUGUGUUUUGGGAGUAAAUGGAAAAGCUCUGUCUCCCUAAUCCAACCGCUUUGCAAGGAGAAAUCACAUGGAGAGAAUCCUUUUCUGGCCGCCUCUGUAGUAGAUCGGCAAACCAAAAAGAGCCAGCACGGGCACCAAGUGGCAGAACUUUUGCCUUUGAGAGUACCUUAGACCUGAGGUCCCUAAGGUCUCUGGACUCUGCCUCCGAUGUAUAGCCUAUGUGGGUGUCUAUAUGGGGUAUAUACUAUGUCCACACCCGCAGCUUCACAUACUGAUUUCCAUGUGCCUCUCAGCCAGAGUUACAAACACAUACACUUGUGCAUGCCCCGUGUAUCUGCACACACAUGUGCACACUGUUCAAAGAAGGUGUGAGUUGGGGGGGGGGGGCAACAGGGCAGUAGGAAUACCCAAGAUUAUGGGGUCACAGACUUUUGGUCCCCGCACUUGCUCUCUAGCGGCCCUGGGUGCUGCCAGUAGCUUCUCCCCGCAAGAGUGGGGCUCGCCGCACUGCAGCCUUAGCCCUCCCACAGGGAGGCUGGAGCCUUGGUUCGGGAGGUGCGCAUGCAUGUGUGCAUAGUCCUGGGGAAGAGAUCCCUCAGGAGGGGUGCUGGUUGAGCCUGUGGCCCAGCAGCAGGUAAGGGCAGGGCUCUGAGCCCUUGGCUCAUUCUUGGGUUUUGUGCCUCUGAACAGCCUUUCUUCAGAUUUGCUUAUCUCCUUGAUGCCUUUUUGGAUGUUGGGAAUUGAGCCUUCCUGCCCCGGUCUGCCCUUUGGGGUCUCAAUGUUGGAGCUUGUCCUGGGGAACCUGCUCGGUGAGGCCCCAGGGGGAGAUGCCUGAUGGCCCUUCCCCCAGCUCUGCAGGUGUUACUGGGCUGCCCGGGGUGUCCUUGGCAGAGCUCGUGGGCUGCUUUCUGUGCACCUAGGUGGCCCGCCCACAACGCCAAAGCCUUGCUGCUCCCCCUCCUGUUACGGCUACCCCGGCACAGCCAAGCUGCCCGUGGAACAGCGGGGUGAGGGCACGCACUUAGGUCAGAAGGCCUAGAGUCCAUGCGGGCAGUUGUGAACCCCCCAGACCACCACCCAAGCACUCUAAGCCAGAGUAGAAAAUUCACCAGGACUCCAUUGUUGAGUGGCUUCUUCAGCCGAUGGGGUCUGCUAGAGAGAGGCAUUGUACUGAUAUAUAAAUAUAUAUAAUAUAUAUGUGAGACAUACUGACAGAAUCUGUAAGCUAAUAAAAUAUAAGAAAAGGUAAAAAAAAAAAGAAUAGGUAAAUUGACAAGAAGUAUUUAUUGUUUCCCCAUAUUGCUUUAUUGCCUUCCGGGCAUAAGCCAAUUCCCAUCGCUUUUUUUGUGUAUAAAUGAGGUCUGAAAUGCAGGGGGCCUUUAUCCUUGGAGCAUCAGGGGUCUCCUGGCCCUGCCGUUGGCCUUCCCUAGACUCUGUGUGUGGCUCAGUGAGGAGGGGGCGCACAUUUCCAUUCCCUGGCCCCCCUUGUUUUCUGGCAAGCGUGGAGCACAGCAGUUGGCUCCCAGAGACGAGGGGAGCUGUCCCCCUCACUGUGGGCCUGAGCAAGUGUAUGAGCCUGUGGGGGACAAGGGCGUGUGUGGCAGAUGUGGGUGACGUGUGUCUUUCGCAUUUUUUCUCCUCCAAGAAGCCGUAUCUGUGUGGACGUUCUGUUUCAGGGAGUUGGAGAGUGUCUGAAGGUAGGGAGCAGGCCAGAGUUUCCUCCAAAGUGCUCUUUUUUCUGAGGCAUCCAAGCCAGAUGCCCAGAUUUCCUCCCCCUCCAUUCCCGACACACCCCAACCCUCUUCCCAGAUAGGAGACAGUCUCUGCCCACUUCCUUUGUAAAUAUCUUCAUCUCCUGCUGGAUCUGGCCCCGGGACUCUCCCCUCCUGGCCUGGAUGUCCUCUGUCCCCUUGAGGCCAGGUAGGGUGGCAGACCCGUCUGCAGCCAGCCCCGGACCGUCCAUCACACGUGAUUGCCCACUGCCCACCGGCAGCCCCCACCGCCCAGGCGUGGCAAGCCCGCCCCACUCAGGCCCGAGCCUAAGGUGACGCUGGGAAGGACUGGGCAUCCUGGGAAGCGGAUCCGUGCACUCCCCCGAAUCCCUCUGGAAGGAGUGGGUUUCCAGAAGAAUGAGGGGGAAGGGUACCCCAGUCUCCAAGCGGCCCUACCUUUGGGGCAGACACUGGUUGGGGGGACCCUGUGGCCCUCCUGUGUCUCACAGUUUAGGUCUCUGCACCCACGCGUGCACGCACACAUACACACACACACACACACCCACAGCACUGCAGUAUAUUCUUGCCAAAGAUUUCCUUUAAGAGAAAGCACUUUUAAGAAUUAUUAUUAUUGUGUAAAUGUCUAUCCUUUUCUCUCCUCCUUGUGCCUCAACCUUUUUGCUGUUCUUGUUGAAUCUGUCUGUCAGCCAGGAGAAUGCUGUCUGGUCUUAGAAAUAGGCUGGCAAAGCAAGAGUCUGGGGGAAGCUGGCAAUGAAGGAUGGGAGAGGCGGCAAAACGGACACAGACGCCAGGUGGGCUCAGGCCCCGGCGCCACGCUCCAGCCAGGUGUCUGCGGCCAGCCUGGGGCCUGGGACCCGGGGUCUGGGACCCGGGGCCUGGGACUGGCCUGCGCGGUGUCUGGAGGGAAGAAGGCAGGGAACUGACAUCUGCCCGCUUCAGGGACAGAGGCCCAGGUGGCUCCCUGCCCCUGGACUGGGAGGACAGGGCAGGGCAUGGGAACAAUGGAGAGGUGACCCCAGAGGGGAAAUAGGAAGGAAGUGAGCUGUCUGCUCAACCUCCAGGGGUGCAGUCUUGGCGCCCUGGUCCCCUUAUCUAGCCAGGUGUUUGCGGGCCAGUACACUGUGUCCUGGGCUGGGGAAGGCCUUUUGACCCCCACCUUUGUCGGAGUCUCUCCCUAGCGACUCUGAAAACGUGUGGAUUCCUUCUCCCUUGGGUUUUGAGGAAUCUCUGGGUGUGUCAGAGACUGGCAGAGAGGGGCCAGGUGGGGCUGGUGGCCGUGUGACACGUAAGAGGCAGCAGCCGGCUGGACAAGUGUGAUCCUCGUAAAGGGGCACUGGGGUGGGGGGAGGUACUCUGAGGCGCCCCAGUCGAGGUUGGGGAGGCUCUUCCUGCCAUCUGGCAUGUGCGGAGGUGUCUGUAAGCAGAGCAGGGUAUAGGCCCUGGGCAUUUGCCCACCGUCCCUGCCUCCUGGGUCUUCCCCCGCCGCCUUCGGAAUUUCUCAACUUCCAGAUUGGGGAAGGUCAAAUGGGUCCAUGCCCCGUCCAAGGGCUGCCUCUGGCCCCUACAUCUCCUCAUACUCGGGGUCUUUGGAGAGGUUGGGGGCAGAGUCCCAGAGCCACUCUUCAUGCAGACCCAGGCCCCAGGGUCCUGAGACCAGAGCUCCUGGCUGGCGUAACACAGAGCGGAUGCAUACGUGUGCGUGUAUGUGUGUACGUGUUUUGCUGGUCUCUAGAGAACAUGGGGUUAGGGUCUACGGUAGUGAGUGAGCAGCGGCUGUCAAGACCCACAUCACCCAGCAGGGAAAGGAAUCAGGAAGACCCCCAGUCGGUAGAUUCUCAGUGUUGUCAGUAAGGACUGGCUGUGCACAGGGUGGGGCUCUGGUGGAUCUGCUCCCUCCCGUGUCCUCUGUCCUCAGACGUCCACAAUGCUGGAGGACUUCCGUGCAUUUCCCACACCUGGGCUCUUCCCAGGCAAUUGGAGAGGGAUGUCCCGAGUUUGUUUUCUAAUCAGUGUUAAACAUUUGGAGACUCUCUUGUGUGUCCAUGUUCGGUUUGUGUGUGAGAGUGAGCACAUCUGUGCGUGCAUGCCGUGUUUCCCCAGUUUCUCUCCUCCCUCUGACGUCCGUUGGAAACAAAUGUAAGAAAUUCCUUGCCACCACCUCCCUGCCUCCAGGCCCUCGGCAGGAGAAACAGAGUAACUCGGCACCCUCCCCGUCCCUGGGCUAUGUAUUUAUAUAGAUGGAAAUAUCCUUUCUAUUUUGUAUCUUCCUGCCUAUAACCUCUGCCACCUUGUAUAAACCCUGACCUGUGCUACUCGCCCUGGAUAUGAAUGUAUUGUACACCCAUGCUGGCCCGCUCUGUACAGCUGCUUUGUUUCUUUGCAACCCAUUGUACGGCUUUAUAAAUGAUGAAGCAGAAGAAAAAUCUGUGCCUUGA